AUGGCAAAAUUUCUCAGGGUGUUAAAAUUCCGAACUACAAGUAACAAAUGUGUCAGUGCUAUUGCGAUUAACCACGGCAUCAAAGAAACGUUUUCUACAGGAUCCCAAAACCAAAACCCACCCCAUCCAAGUUCACGGUACGCCCACCAACUACCAAGACUGAUACCUAAAGUGAGUAAUGACCAAGAUAUAAGCACCCAGGGCCUUACAAUUUUAGCCCAAGCACCUCCCUCCAUUCCUGUAAUUAAUCCAGCUAUUGAAAGUGAAAAAGCAACACUAAAACCAAGAUACCCUAGAUAUAAUAUUGGGGGAUGA